GAGGAAGGGAGUGGGGCCCACCCGCCCGGCCUUCCGCUCGCUGACUCCGCCAGCCUUCGUUCCCCCUCUACCUGCUCCUCCUCCUCCGCUCCGAUUUUAAAUUUCGAAACCCCUCCACCUCGUCCUCCUCCCCCUUAAACCUCGCUCUGCCUGCAGCCUGCCACUGGGCGCACGCAGGCUCGCGGCGCGACGCAAUCAGCUCAUGAUAUCUCGGCUCCGCGGCUCGCAGAUUCGGCGCUCGGCGAGGGCGACGCGGUGGGCGGGCGGCAGGACGGGCGAUGGGGUGCCUGUUUGACUGCUUCCGGGCGGCCGGCGGCGAGCCGCGCGGCGGCCGCGCCCGCGCCCAGCUCGUCUCCUCCUCCGCCAUCCCCGCCGCGUGUCCCAAGGUUGCCGAGAGGAAGACCGCGCCGCCGUCGAGGAACGCGCUCUCAGCCGUGUUCCUCCGCGAAGACGAGGGAUCGCAGGCCACGAGCUCGGGGCCGAACCAGGACGGCGAGAGGGAGCGGGCGGAUCGGGAGCUCAUGCAGCACGAGGCCAUUUCCAUCAAAAACAACGGCACACUGUUGCAAAAUCCAAAUGAAAUAAGAAAAGGGCCUGAAAGAACGGAUUCAGUUACACCUGCCUUGUCUAAAAACUUGAAGUUCGUGGACGCACCUAAGACUGAGGAUUGCCAAACUCCUCCAGAGUCUCAUCAGAGCUCCAAUUUACCAGAUGCUAUGAGCUCUUCUUGGAAAGGGUGUGAUGCAUCAAACCUGCACGAUUCUGAAGCUGUGAGCAAGACUGAAGAUUCCAACGGUGUGCAUAACGAGUUAUCCACCUUAGAUUCAUGCUCUUUCAGCAGUAAUAAUGAUGAUAUCUAUCUGGAUGGAUCCAAGCUGUCAUUCUUUUCAACUCCUCAGAAGGUGAAUGCUGAGAUGCAUACUCCAGCUACUAAUGCAUCUAACGUGGAGGGAUUGGGAAAUGAAAGCAGUUCGCAGCAUUUAUCUGAAGCUCUGAAGCCAGCUGUGGAUUUCCAAAAUUCUGAGGUAUCCAGCGAGAAUUUCUUCCAGCCCAAUAUAUCAGACAAGGAUCUCAAGUGCGGAAAGAACGGCACUCUGGUUUCAAUUGAACUUUCAAUCUCUGAUGAAUGUUCACUGUUUCAGAACUCUGAGGGUUCUGUAUCACCUUGUAACAAGAUAAGCGAUAGCAUGAGCACAGCUUUUGAGGAGAAACGCCAGACCACUGAGAUGGCAGUUCAUGCCAGGAGAAAAUUGAUUACAAACAUUGGUUCAGACAUUGAAUUCCCAAGCUUGUCCGAGUGGUUGAAGCCUCCAAACUCUAGGACAAGUGACAGUGCUAAGAGUUCUGAUGAUGAUAGGCCUAUUAUUGGAAUGGUCGCAGCUCACUGGAAAAACGAAGAGCCAGAGAAUGGCACUCCUCAAUGGUGGGAUGGAAAUGGCAUUCCCAACUCAACAAAUAAGUACAAAGAAGAUCAGAAGGUUAGUUGGCAUGCCAUGUCAUUCGAGGAGAGGCUUGAAAAGGCUUUAUCUGAAGAGAAGUUGCUUUCUCAAAGGAAAUGCUCCACCGGAAACACAUCUCAGUUCUCAGGUGUAGAAGGUGAGGAAAGUGAUACCGCUGCAUCUCAACAUCUACGUGUUGCUGCUUUUACAUGAUAUCUUGUUAUGCAAAGAGUUAUGAAGCUUCCAAGCAAUAUGGUUUUUUGCUGCCUUCCUAAUUGAUGGCUCCUGCACAGUUUUGUUUCCCUCUACUGUCCUUCAGUAGGUAGCUUCUAGAAGUGAUCUUUCUGUCGAUUGCUUUGUAUUAAAGUAGCAGUGUUCCAAGUUCCGAGACAAAUCAACAAUGUUGAUUUCUAGUAUAAUUAGCCUCAAGAUUCUCAAAUUGUGCUGCUGACUGCUA